AUGAAGGAGCGGCAUCUGCCGCCCAAGUAUGUAGCGGCAGCGUUUAAUCGACAUUUCCCUGGCGCCCCGAUAUGCCGGCCCGCAGACAACCCGGAGAAGCGCGCCGCUGCGGCGAUGAAAGCGGCGAAAGUUACACCAGCGAUGAGAAGCCGGAUCGGGAAGGGAGAGAUCAUGGAUGUGCUUUUGAAGGAGCCGGCCAUGGCCGUUUUCGCGAUGACACAAGUUAUGUUCGCUCUCUACGUGCACGAGGUGGUCUACGUGCACGAGGUGGUGACAACCCCCGGCGGGGCGAAGGGAGUGAGGAUGAUCUGUCCAGGAUGCAAAUCGAAUUCGGAAGUGAAACCUCCUGGAGUAUCAGGGCAUGGCUUCCCAAAUGCGGGUGCUCACAAGGCAAGCAGCACGUUUGCGGUAUUCCUGCACGGCCUCAGGGUGCCCUCUCGUCUUGGAAAGUGCCAAGAAGGCGGCCAACAAAAACGAGUGGUCAUUGCGAAUGACGGGUGGGACGAGGCCACCAUCCGCGAGCAUGGUCCAAACGGCGCUUCCUUGACCACAAUGGACGACAGGCACGGCGAGCAAGGCCGAGAGCUUCGAGAAAUGCAUAGGUACAUCCGGUUUGCGGCGAAGCAUCGGAGUGCGGAGCACGCCCUGUGGCCAGGCUGGAAGUUCAGCCGCGGGACCCUCAUCUCCACUCCGUCCAUCGUCGUGUUGAACACGAUUUACAAGGCUGGGCACGACGAUGUAAGAGGAGGAAGCGUGGAUACUUUUCUGGUACUCGUGCGUUUUCUCGUGUCUGCUCGGGUUUUGUUCCGUCGUGUUCAGAUUCUCCUCUGCCGCCACACCGAUCACAAUGUUGUGUUCUGUCGUCAUCCACAGGACAAGGAGCACAUGCAACGCGAAAUCCACUCGCAGUAUUGGGGGCAGUUCCUGUGCAUGGAUGGCACGUGGCGCAUCGGUUUGAGGGUCAUUGAUUCUCCGGACUGCCUAUUUUUCCUGUUGGGGGAGGACGCCAAGGUUCACGCGGGCGGAGCUGUGCAAAGCGAAAGGAAGGAGGAAAUAUACCUCCUCCUGAAGAGGUACGCGGAGAGACGGAGGAGGAACGGCACGCUGCUCGCUCUGGAGUGGUUUUACGACGACCUCUGCUGUAGAGGGGCUGAUGAUGUCACCAAGGGGUGGAUACUCGAUAUUUUCGAGGGAGUGAUGCGCAGGGCACUUGCGGAUUCUUUCCACUUUGGGCAGACUCUUGUGGGUGCCACGACAUCGAAAAACCACCCAAGAAAGGCCGUAUUUGCGGCGGGGGUUGGACAAAUUCUCCGCACCAAGCACCAGCCGGACGUUAAAGUGGUAGCGGCAUACUUGAAGCGGGUAAUCCCGGGGAUGUCGGAGAUGGAGGCCGAGAGGUUGAGAACGACCUGGUGA